GCUGCGCAGUGCCGCGCAGGCUUUUAAUUCCAUUGUGGAGAGGACGGCGUUAUUUUUAUUAACCGGAGGCGGCGGCGGCGGCGGCGGCGGCGGCGGCGGCGGCGGGACCCGCCUGCUCCGGGGCAUGAAAGUCGGCAGCGCGUUCCUGAGCGGCGGCGGCGGCGGCGCGGGCAGCGGCGGGCGGGCGGAGAUGGAGCCCAGCUUCCCGCCGGGCAUGGUGAUGUUCAACCACCGGCUGCCCCCGGUCGCCAGCUUCGCGCGGCCGGCGGGCGCGGCCGCCCCUCCCCCGCAGUGCGUGCUGGCCGCCGCCCCGGCCGCGGCCCCGGCCGCCGAGCCCCCCCCGGCGCCCGCCCCGGACGUGACUUUCAAGAAGGAGCCGGCGGCGCCCGGCGCGGCCUUCCCGGCGCAGAGGACCUCCUGGGGCUUCCUGCAGUCGCUGGUCAGCAUCAAGCAGGAGAAGCCGGCCGACCCCGACGAGCCGCCGGGCGCCCCCCACCCCCACUACGGGGGGCUGUUCGCGGGGGCCGACGAGCGGGCUUCGGGGCUGGGCGGCGGGGAUGGGGGCGGCGCGGGCGUCAUCCAGGACCUGAGCGCCCUGCACCCGCCGCCGCCCGCCCCGCAUCCGCACCCGCACCCGCGCGACGUGCUGCUCGGCCGGACUGACGACCCCCGCGGCCCCGAGGAGCCCAAGCCGGACGCGAGCGUCAAGAAGGCCAAGAGGCCAAAGCCAGAAUCUCAGGGAAUCAAAGCCAAGAGGAAGCCGGGCGCCUCUUCCAAGCCGCCGCCGGCGGGGGACGGGGAGGGCUCCGUGCUGUCCCCGAGCCAGAAGCCCCACGUCUGCGACCACUGCAGCGCCGCGUUCCGCAGCUCCUACCACCUGCGCCGGCACGUCCUCAUCCACACGGGCGAGCGGCCCUUCCAGUGCGGCCAGUGCAGCAUGGGCUUCAUCCAGAAGUACCUGCUGCAGCGGCACGAGAAGAUCCACAGCCGCGAGAAGCCCUUCGGCUGCGACCAGUGCAGCAUGAAGUUCAUCCAGAAGUACCACAUGGAGAGACACAAGCGCACGCACAGCGGAGAAAAGCCAUACAGAUGCGACACUUGCCAGCAGUACUUCUCCAGGACUGACCGGCUGCUGAAGCACAGGCGCACGUGCGGGGAGGCCCUGGGCAAGGGGGCGCCCAGCGCGGAACCUGCGUCCUCCGGCAGCCACAGCAGCGCGGGUAGCCUGGCUGUGUUGUCUCAGGGAAAUACCAGUUCUUCGAGGAGAAAAGCGAAGUCCAAGAGCCUCGCCGUUGAGAGCAAGGAGCCCAAGACGGGGAAAGGGAGUGAAUCCCACCUGUCCAACAGUAUAAACAUGCAGAGUUAUUCCGUAGAGAUGCCGACCGUGUCUUCCAGUGGAGGCAUCGUUGGCCCUGGCAUAGACGAACUCCAGAAAAGGGUGCCCAAACUGAUCUUCAAGAAAGGAAGCAGGAAGAGCACCGAUAAGAACUACCUGAAUUUUGGGUCACCGUUACCAGACCUGGUUGGGCAGAAGUCCUUGUCCGGGAAACCCAGCGGCUCCCUUGGCAUCGUGUCAAACAGUAGCGUGGAGACCAUUGGUCUCCUCCAGAGUGCAGGUGGCAAACAAGGUCAGAUAAGCAGUAAUUACGAUGAUGCCAUGCAGUUCUCAAAGAAAAGAAGAUACCUACCAACCGCCAGCAGCAACAGUGCCUUUUCCGUGAACGUGGGACACAUGGUGUCCCAGCAGUCCGUCAUUCAGUCCGCGGGCGUCGGUGUUCUGGACAGUGAGGCCCCGUUGUCCCUUAUUGACUCCUCCGCCCUGAACGCGGAGAUUAAGUCUUGUCAUGACAAGUCAGGAAUUCCUGACGAGGUUUUACAGAGUAUUUUGGAUCAGUACUCCAACAAGUCGGAGAGCCAGAAGGAGGACCCCUUCAGCAUAGCGGAGCCACGGGUGGAUCUGCACGCCUCAGGAGAACACUCGGAACUGGUUCAGGAGGGAAAUUUGAGCCCCGGCACCCAAACUCCUUCAAAUGACAAGGCGAGCAUGUUGCAAGAAUACUCCAAAUACCUCCAACAGGCUUUUGAAAAAUCCACGAAUGCAGGUUUUACUCUGGGACACGGUUUCCAGUUUGUCAGCCUGUCUUCACCUCUCCACAGCCACACUUUAUUCCCAGAAAAACAGAUAUACACUACAUCUCCUUUGGAGUGUGGUUUCGGCCAGUCUGUUACCUCAGUGUUGCCAUCUUCAUUGCCAAAGCCUCCUUUUGGGAUGUUGUUUGGGUCUCAGCCAGGUCUUUAUUUAUCCGCUUUGGAUGCCACACAUCAGCAGUUGACACCUUCCCAGGAGCUGGACGACCUGAUAGAUUCUCAGAAGAAUUUAGAGACGUCGUCAGCCUUCCAAUCCUCAUCUCAGAAACUGACUAGCCAGAAGGAACAGCAGAAAAACUUAGAGUCCUCAGCAAGCUUUCAGAUUCCAUCUCAGGAGUUAGCUAGCCAGAUAGAUCCUCAGAAAGACGUGGAGCCUAGAACAACGUACCAGAUUGAGAACUUCGCACAAGCGUUUGGUUCUCAGUUCAAGUCGGGCAGCAGGGUGCCAAUGACCUUUAUCACUAACUCUAAUGGAGAAGUGGACCAUAGAGCAAGGACUUCAGUGUCAGAUUUCUCAGGGUAUACAAACAUGAUGUCUGAUGUUAGCGAGCCAUGUAGUACCAGAGUAAAGACCCCUACCAGCCAGAGUUACAGGUAAGGUCCCAGGAGUGACCAGGCUGGAGGUCUUCUAAUGUAAUUCUGUUUUAUUUUGAGAACACUGCCAUUGGAAUGUUUCUACACGAUCCUAUUAAGAAUAAUGUAAUGCCCUUUCAAUGCAACUUUUCAUAUUUAGUUUAUUUUGUUAGCGUGAUUUUAGCUCUGUUUGUAUUAUGAUUUUUAAUCAAAAUCAAUAGAUUAAAAUAGUUUGACAUUCGAAGUGACAAUGUUUAGCAAUCAAAUUUACAUGUAUAGAUUGUCAGGGAAUAGCCCAAAAGUUUUAAAUGCAAAAAAAAAGAAAAAAAAUCAUACAAAAAAAAAAAACAAAACAAAAAACCACGAAAAAAAAAAAACUUUGUUGCUAGGAUUAAGGUUAUUCUAAUUGCUUUACUCUCAGGAAAGUGUAAUAACGCAUGGGAAUUCUGUACGUUAUCACUGUAAUGGAAUAUCCAAUUUACAGAUAGUAUGAUAAUACAUUUCAUCACAUAAGUAAGGGAUCGAAAACAUUUCAAAUUGCUCUAUCUGGGCUGAUGUGAUAAACGUUUCAUCAUUUAAGGGAUCGAAAACAUUUCAAUUUGCUGUCUCCAUCUGGGCUGAUCCAAAAUUCUGAGAUGUUGGCUACCUAUAUUUUGUUGCAGCUUUUAAAUGUACUCUGAUCUUCCAAACCACAUUCAUUCCAGCCUGGUAGAACAAAUAUUCUUGGAUCUUUGAUCAAAGCCUGGAAUGAUAGCUUUAAUAAGAGAAGGAAAAGAAAAGCACCCUCUCCUUAUCCCAGCUGUAAGAAGGCUGUGACUCCAUCCAGAGCUGAUGGGCACAGUGUUAAAACCCACGUGGUUGGUUGGUUCCAGUAUUAGAACCCAAGUUGGAAUUACAUAAUUCUUUGAGGUUUGGGGUGUGUGGUAUUUAUACAUGGCCUAAAAACAUUGUUCUCUGUCUCUGUUAUUACGUCACCCACACUUCUGGGGGAGUUUAUGUUAUUUUGGUUCUUAACCUGUCCUCUCUUAAGAGUUCUAGGCCUUCCUGGUCCCCUCUUCUCCCUGUCUGAACAGUUUUAAUUUUAGAACAAUUCACAUUCCAAUGCAUGAUCCGUCGUGCGUUUCCCAUGCCUUAUGGCAUCCAAACACCAAACAAUAGGUCAGACACCCCCUCCCCCUUUUUAAAAAACAGCCCACACAGAUGUCCAUGUAUAAUAAAGCCCCACAUGCUCGGAGCUGUGGAUACAAAUAAGGUGGUAAUUCCAACUGGUGACAGAGCCAGUGUGAGGGUUAAGAGUAUCUCCUUUAGUAAGGAGCGACGUCAGCACCUCUUUGUGAAAUUGCAGCCUGUGUAGUGUACAUGUUAAAAGGGUGCGUUAGUCAGUAUUGUAGAAGGGUCCUGUAAAGUCAUCCAAACUUGCUUUGAACGCUAAUUGCCAUUUGAGGCCACUGGUAGACAGUGGCUCUGCUCUAAACCACUUUUUAGCAGUUGUAUUUUUUUCCUGAUUAUAUUUUUAAUGUACUUUGAUGUUUAUGCUGAUGAGUUUUUUAUGUACUUUUGGUGAUGUUUCAGUCUUAUGUACUCUUCUGACGUCAGAAAAGUACCACUGGCUGUUUGCAGUCUUAUUGUGUAAUGAGCCUACCACAGGCUUCCAUGUAUAAUAAAGUAAUUAAUAUUGUGCAAGUGUAAAACACUUCUGUUAUGAAAGCAGUGUUUGGAAAAUGAGAAAUUAUUUAAAAUGGUUACAAAAUAGUUAAUUUCCUAUCCCCACUUUCCUCUUUUAAAGGUCUGCUUUACCAGCGAAAGGGUCACUUAUUUGUCAUUGCAAGAUUCUUAGAAAACGUGUCUAAUCCUCUUAAAUACACUCAGCACUAAAAGUCUGUGCUGUCUUGGUAAGCGCUGUCAGUCCUGUCGGGCGCAGAGUGCCAGCUGCAAGCAGAGGGUGGAGAGGACUUUCCCACCGUACCUCUUGAGCUGUAUGACUUUUGCCUCCAGUGUUUUGUUUUAUACAGGUUUUGAAUUCCUUUACCUUUUAUUGUGUGUACUGAAUACUCCUUAUGUACUAUUCUGAUUGUUUGCUCUAGUUUACUACCAAUAAAAGACCUGUUACUCACAAAAUCGAAGAAAGGAGAUAUCACUUAAUGUCCAGUCACAUUUUUCAGGUUUUUCUUUUCAAUACAUUUCAUAAAAUAUUCAUGUCAGUAAUACAGCCUGCAGUUUAGGGACUGGAAUUUUAUGUCUGUGUUUUUAACUUGAGUGUUUCAUGUUUCUAGGUUUUAUUUUACUUGAAAAUUGUAUGAGUAUUUUCUUCAAUUUGAGGCGUAUGCAACAAUAGAAACUUAAAUAGUAUGGCAGUUAGAACGUGGAAAUGCGGUUAGCCAUCCCAAAUAUUCCAGGGAGAUGACUUAUUGAGGUUUCAUUUUAAAUCAGAUUCCAGUAUCUUUGGGUUCUAGGUGCAUCCUUUUUAACUCCAGAAGAUUGUAAUAAAAGAACAGUAGGAAACAAAAGUGGCCCUGAGCAUUUUUAGUGGGAAAGAAGACAUUGUUAAAUCGUAGUUUAACAGUGUUUCAUUUCAAGAAGUUGUGAGUCUAGAUACUGGAGAGAGCCAAGACAUGUAUAUACUGGGGAUGCAGAAAAGGUUUGAAAGUGUGUGUGUUAAGGUUAAAGAUGAAAGAGAAACAUUGUAGGUGUGUGUAAAGCCUGUGAGAAAAAUUAUGCUUUGAAAUUCAGAGGGUAGAAUAGGUCUUUGAAGCUUUGCUUUUUCCAUAUAUGAUACUAUGUAGAGAAAUGAUAUAUUCAUGUUAAGCAUAAAUGUGGAUUUCUCUGUAGAGAGGCUAUCUACUUGUGGAGCCAUUUAAUUAGGGAAAGUAAAUUUGUUUUUUUCUUUGCCAAGAUUAUUCCCUAGGUUUGGUCAUUUUCUUGAACAAGAGCACUAAGUGAAAUCUCACUGAUUCUGUGUCAAAAUCCAACUUGUGAUGUCUUCUGCACCGGUGACAUUGCUUUGUUCUAGAUUAACCUUAAUAUGAAUUAACCUUAGCGUUAAUUUCGUUCAUCUACUGUCCCUCCCCCUUCUUUAUCCUUUGCAUGGAAUGUCUGUAUCUGAGUAUGAUAAUUUUAAAAUUAAGGUUUUACUCCUCACAUAUUAGGGUAUGAAGUAGGGAAAUAUGCUUUGAAUUUGGAUUUUGCUGCUGUGAAUUCAAGAUAAGGUCUACCAUAAUUUGGCAGUUGCCUGUUAGUGAUUUGUAAGGUAAUCUUAUUCAAUAAUGAAAACAAAAAAAAAUGGGGGGGGGAACUUGUGCAGUUUUGUAAAGUUUUUUACAAAUAUUUCUACCUCAGAUAGUUUUUCUGUAUUACGGUCAUCAGAGGAGAGAGGCGUAAGUUUUGGUUCAUCUCUGGUGUCUGAUUCUGUAGUUAACCUGUCAUAGUAGCAUUCAAGCCUGAACUGGGAGCAGCCCAGCCUCCUGAGGACACACAGUUCUUAGCUUCUGAAUCCCUAAGUUCUUGCAGAACUGGAGAAUUUCCCUCAGAGAAGAGUUCACUGCUGGACUAAAGGGUUCCGCUUCUAGAGUGACCUGCGUCUGAAGAUUGCUGUUUUCCCGGUUCUGUGGUCUGUGUGCGCUCUGCGACACGUGACAGGAGCGCACCUGGGGAGCGCGAUGCGAGGCCCCGUCAGCGCUCUGCUCCCAGCCUCGCGCCAUCGUGUGGGGUGGCGUGGCUGUGGCCCGCAGGCGUUGGCAGUCUGGUGUUCACAAGGACAGGCCCGAGGUGGCCUGCCGGCCUGCUGUGCUUUCUACAGUGGGAUAGAGGGUUUCUGAUAGAUUUGGAGCAACAGUGUUGUUUCAGUUUCCACUUGUCACUUUUCUGUCUCCUUAAUAAUUUACCACUUAAAAUGCACAUGAUCAUGAAGACAGCAUCUGGGAAUUCUGAUGUCCUUAACCCUUGAUCAAAAAAAAAAAAAAUCUACAAAAGCCCUCAAAUUCUCUGAGAUUAUAUAGUUUUAAAAGAGAUGAUUACCAUAAAGAGGGCAUGCAUUUUUCAGGUUAUAUCUGCUUUGUUUUUACCUCUCUUCCUUUUUCAAAAAGUAUUGACUGUGUGAGUAUAACUUAAGCAGAUUCUAUUUAAAUUCUUUGUGAACCUUUGGGAAGAGUUGUGUUGCAUUUCUCGGGUCAUGGACUCUGGGCAGCUCAUUAUAGAAUGGAUGUCUCCCCACCUCCUGCAUUAGCAGAAAUAUAUUUGCACAUGAAAAUUUACAAGAACUGUCCCCCACCAAAACCUGGUAAUGGUAAAAAAAAUUCAGGUUAAAGAUCCUUUCUUUAGAAGGCUGUUUAAACAUUGAACUUUUGUUGUAUAAAUAACAGGCAAUACUUUAAAAGCAUGGAAUAGUGGUUUUCAAUAUUAUAAUUUCUUUUAUCUGUUACUUAGCAUUUAUGGAAUACAUUCAGGUUACAUAAAGCCAUAGAGUUUUAUGGUAAGCUGGUCAAAUAAUGAAUAGAAUUGAUAAUUCUUUGCAGUUUCUCCUCUUAUAAUAAGUACCAUCGAGAUGCUAGGCUUGACAGUAGUUCAGUCUUUUCCAUCAACAAAGAAACGUGUUAACAGUGCAGUGACUGCAGCCAGCUACCGUGGUCUUCACUCGCACGGAAGUAGCUUCCCGCGUAAGCGUAUCGGCCAAAAUGAAAGCCCACAGCCUGUUUGUCUGGAAGGAAUAGUUGUGAGUUUUUAAUAACGACGCCUGUACCUCAGGUAGCCUGAGUGUCUAGCUGGGUUGAAAUACGCUGUGCAAGAUAAAAGCCUUGUAAAGCAUGUUUUGUGUUGAAAUAGGUAUCUUCUUGGGAAAUGUAGAUGAAUAGCCACAGAAAAAAUAAUGAUUUGGACCUUAUACUCCACAGGGGCAAAUGUGCUGCCUGUUUUGGAGAAGUGGGCAGAGGUCGUGUGUUCAGGGAGAGAGGUAGGGAUCUCUUAGAAUGGAGGAGAGAAAGAACAGGAUUUGAAGGGGAAAUAAGGAGUGUAGAACAGCCCAGCACUGUCAGGGGUCCUGGAGAGUAAGUGGUCAGAAGGGUAACGGGAUCUCUGACGGGAAAACGCAGCUCUUUUGUGAUUUUCAGUUUAGGCUUCCUUGGGUACUUGGUAUGAACUGUAGUUCAUUGUGGGGCAAUUAAUAAAUAACAGACAACCGCGGUGAACUUCUGUUUACAUUCCCAACUAGGAAAAAGAUGGCUAAUCUUUGUGUUUAUGUAUUGUUAUCUUUGCUUUAGUAACUCAAAAUCCCAUAGCUUCCAUUGGUUGGUGAGAAUUUUAAGUGACUUUCUCAUCAAAACGAUUAGAGUCAAAAUUACUGUUACAUGUGGUGAAGUGAAUAUGCACAGAAUUUAGGAACUAAAAGCUCUUGAGUCGCCCUUCCCAACCCACGAAAGAAAAAAUGACAAGUACAGUAUAUAAGGGCCUAGUCAGUUAUGACAAUGGAAAAGUGUGAUUGUAAAAAGUUGGGAACCCCCUAAUUAAUAUUUUUUAAGGUUUGCAUUGCAAAAUGAUGUUUAAUUUUAACUUGUGAUGGCUCGUCCGUUCUUUCUAGUUUGAAUAAGAAGCUUGUUUUAUAAGCUUUAUCUAUUGGAAAAUUAAUUUUAGUUGGGAGCUAAAGUUUUGAUUUUGAUUUUGGGGAUGCAGGUUUUUAAGUCUGAAAGUGAUACUUUAGAUUGUCUUUUUUUCUUUAAGGAGUGGAUUGCAAAACUGAAUGACAGGAUCAGCAAUUUAACUGUUUUAUGUUUGGUUGUGCAUAAACUAGGCUCUUCCCUACAAGAAAGCCAAGUGCAAACAUUGGAGAGUUCCUUCUUUACGGAGGGUAGUGAGAGCUGUAAGUGGGUAUCCUUCUGGGUCUCUGGUAGACAACCUUGACCUUGAGAGCAAGACUGGAAAAAUCCUUUCUGAAGGUGCCCUCUCUUACUUAGUGGCCCAAACAGUAAAAGUGCCUGUUAGUGAUUACAUUAAAAAAACCUUGGUCUGGUACUACUUUCCGCUUUUGCUAUAAGUAGACCUUCAGUGAACGUCUUAAAAUCGGGUUAAUACUGUUAAGGCUUGUGUUUGUGAGGUAAGUUACUGUGGAAUUUUAUUCCUCUGGACUCGGGAGACAGUCCUGCAGAAGUUACAGACGUUUAGCUUGUUUUUAAUGAAGUCCACUAAGAUAUUGUAGGUGUUUCUAUACUCAGUCACAUUUGGAAUAGUUAGCUGUGUGUUUUUCUUAGAGGUGUUGGUAAUUUAGCUGACCUUUUAAAGUUUAGAAAAAUCUGAGCCCAUGUCUCGCUAACAUUUUAAAUUGCUAAAUUUUUAGUCAGGAACAUAGUCAGGCUGUGGCUAGAUCUAACAUUGUUUACUCUGAGGAUUUAUGUGAAUAUGAGAGACCUAUAAAUGCUGAACAGAGUGUAGCGUGUUCAGAGUAUCAGAGCUGUUCUGGCAGACUCGUCUCUGAAAAGAAAGGGAGGACGGUAGUGUAAAGGAAAGAGGGAGGAGGGGUCUGGGAGGUUGGUAUUAAAGGGCGAUUCCUCUGAUCCUGUCGUUGAAGGUCCCUGAAGGGCUGAGUGAGACAGCUUGGGAAGACGGGCAGCAGUGGUGAGCUGACGUGGGUUCCUGUGGGUUCCUGCCGGUGAGACACAGGAGUGCAUUAUGGAGACAAAAUAAGAUUGGGGGACAUUUUCUUUUUAUAGAAGACUGAUAGGAUGAAUAAGAAAAUUACAGCUUUUCAUUUUGUUCACUCUGAGUUUUACUAAACUUCUGAAAUGGGCAUUUGGCAAGGAGAAGAGAGGACUGUUGAUGACAUGAUAGUAUUUUUGCCGAUGAUGCUAGUGUAAAUGACGUGCGAAAAGGAGGACAGGUUGUGUGCGUGUUUCAUAAUUUAACAAGAAGUGAUCCCUCUGGAUUAUAUUCAGUCAGUCCACCCAGCUGAACCAGCACUCCAUCGGGAACUAAAAGACGGAAGCGUUUGAAUGGCCUGAAAGUGCUGUGGGUUAAAAAUGCUCAGUGCUGAGAUGUCAGUUGGAGUCUUGGCAACUGAAUAUGAGAAAAGAAGUUUAAAAUAUUUGUAGAAUUUUCUUUCAUGUUUCCGUUAAUGAAUUUGUUUAAAAGCCAGGUGUAAACAGUUAUUUAGGUAAUCAAAUUUAUUCUCAGUACUCUGUGCUCGCCAUGUACUGUAUGUUUUGUAUUCAGAACACAAAUUACUGGGGCUGAAUAUAUUCCUUAAAGAAAAAAAUAAUUUUCUGAUGAAAUACCAGCAGGAACAGAUGGUGGGGACGUAGCUCAGCAAUAAAUAAGAUUAAUAUGUUCAGAGCUCUUUUGAGAUUGUGAAGACAGGGGAAGAAAGUUUAGCCUGUCAAGAGGGAGCAACCACUGCCUACCUGAACCCAGCUUGACUUGGGCUUUGGAAAAAACCCAUUUCUGAUCAACAUGCCUAGAAAAUUGAGCUUCACCUGUGUUUGAAAUUCUUUGUUCCCGUACGGUUUCUGCCUGUGUUUCAAGAACAGCCACUUGAGACCUUUCAGGGGACCCGCAGGUGUUGGGUGGCACCAGUCAGGCUGAUGGUAAAAUGUGAGUUAAAGAUCUUUUUGUGAAGAAAACUAAAAGUUUUCACUUGAUAAAAUUGCAGUGCAUUUUUAGAAAUAUCUGUCGGAAGGUAAAAGUUAAACAACCGAAGAGAGUAACAUGAGAAACGAGUUAUCUUUUAGAAAUAAUCACUAUUGGGUAUUUGAUUAGAACCAAGAAAUCAUAAACUUGGUUUGCACUUCAGAAGUGGGUAUCUUAAAAAUUCUGUGAUUCCUGUCAUUUUUUUUCUAUCAAACGUCUUGGUUAGCUGAAACUUAUUAAUCCGUGAAUAAUAUGAGUUUUAGUCAUUUUUUUCUAAAAUGUAGCAUCACUUGAUUUUAAAUUAGGAGUAAUUUUUUUAAAAGACGUUUUGAUAGUUGCACUUUGCUCACUUUAAGUUGCGUUUUGUAAUAAAACUAAAUGGAGUGUUCUCCUGGUACAGAGGCUCUCAGAGGCAAACCUACUUCAGCUAGCUGGAGAUGGUGACGAUCUUAAUUUUGGUCCCGGCUACAUUGUCACUGCCUCGGACUAAGGACCGCCGCCUGCUCUUGCACCUGGUGGGUCCCCUGCCCCAUCAGGCGGCGUUGGAGCAUUACUGCAGCGUUCAGUGACUGGGAAAGGGCGUUUGCUCUCCCUUACUGAAUGAGGCGCAUUCACCGUCAGUAUUUAUUUAUGGUAAUGAGGAAUUAAGGUUGAUAUUUUUAAAUAUUAUAGAUUCCAGUAUAUUACUGCCCAAACAAGACCAAAAUGUACAUAGAUGGUCAUUACAUUGUGGACAAGAUGUCGUGUAAACUUGGGACUGUUUAGUCUGGGACGUGCAGGCUCUGUGCGCCUCCUCGGCCUUUGAAGCCAAAAGGCAGGCGGCACAGAGUCACGCACGAGUGUGCUUUCCACGGCAGGUCACGCUAGUCCUCUGUGGCCGCGAGCCGCCUCUGGAGCAGCGUUGUCUUAGACCCUGCCCAGGUGCCCUGUCUGGUGUCCCGGGCUGGGAUGUGCUAAGUGGGCCUGCGCCGUGCUAAGUGGGCCUGCGCCGUGGGCGCCACCUGGGCCCAUGAGACCCCUGCGUCUCAGCCCUGCCCACCCUGGGCCUGCGAGUCGGCAGCUGCAGCGGAGCCAGAGCCUCUGGGACGUCUGCGGAGUGCUGCCCUGAGACUUGCACCGAGGCGCCCACUCUUUCUCCGUGGCUUCCCUUCGAUGGGAGAAUCAAACUCCAUCCCGAUCCCACAGGUCCUUAACUCGAAUUUCUCUGGUUUUCCUCUGUUCACCUUUUAAAUAAAUUGAACCUAAUUGA